CAUGUAUGGCGGCCUGCCAACCUGUCGCGUGUUUCUUCUAAGAGGUCCUAAAACUCAUCGUUAUUUCGGUCUUUAAAUGCGGCGAUUCUCUUCAGACUAUUGCCAACUUGGAACAGAACAAAUCGUCUUCAUUUUGUGAAGUUUUGACAGUGUGUUGUUCUUGAGUUAUCGAGUGAAACGCCAGAAUCCGACGAGCUUUCUUUGUGCGUAGGCCACGUGUGUGCUGGGAGUUUCGUCAUAGGAUUAGGAUUGUGCAUGAGGAUCAAGGUCAUUCGGCAGUGGCAGUUUCGCGCGUGUUGAUUCACCGCACGAUCAUCCCGCGGGAAAUUCGACAGGCAGGCCGCGGUGACUCAGAACAACGUAAUCAGCUGGUUUGAUGGUCCUGUUUGCAUACAAGAACUAGUCCACUCUAGCUCUCAGAUCACCUUCACAGAAGACUGAGUGAUAAUCAGUUACUGCCAUGGCUGCUACACUUUAUUUGGAAGAUGGAACUAGCUUUAGUGGAAAGCUUUUCGGGGCGAGUGUCAGCGUUCCUGGUGAAGUCGUGUUCCAGACUGGAAUGGUUGGCUAUCCUGAAUCCCUGACGGACCCGUCGUACAAGUCGCAGAUUCUUGUCCUGACCUACCCGCUGAUCGGCAACUACGGCGUCCCACCCCACGAGCGCGAUGAGCUGGGCUUGCCCAAGUGGUUCGAGUCGGAGAAGGUCCACGUCUCGGCGUUGGUUGUGGGGGAGUUGUCGGACAAGUACAGCCACUGGGCAGCUCAGAAGUCGCUCAGCGAUUGGCUGAAGGAGUACAACGUCCCAGGGAUAUCAGGUAUUGACACGAGGGCGCUGACGAAAAAGAUCCGGGAAAGCGGAACAAUGCUUGGAAAGAUUGUUGUGGAAGGAACGAACCCAGAGUCAGUUCCUUUUGAAGAUCCAAAUCUUCGUAACUUGGUUGCUGAAGUUUCCUCAAAGGAGCCGAGAGUCUUGAAUCCAAAGGGCACGGUCAAAAUUGUUGCCUUGGACACUGGUAUCAAGUUCAACCAGCUCCGACUGUUGGCCGAGUGUGGAGCAUGCAUCGAAGUUGUGCCGUGGAAUCACGCACUCAAGAGUCAAGACUACGAUGGCCUUUUUCUGAGCAACGGACCUGGUAACCCUCAGAUGUGCGCCGAGUCCAUCCAGCACAUCCGACGCAUUCUCAACGAGCCGAAUCCCAAACCGGUAUUCGGCAUCUGCUUAGGGCACCAGCUUAUCUCCUUGGCUCUGGGAACCGGCUCCUUCAAGAUGAAAUAUGGCAAUCGGGGCCACAAUCAACCCUGCACGCACAGUGGUACAGACCGCUGCUACAUCACGACCCAGAACCACGGCUUUGCCAUCGACCCAUCUAAGCUGCCUCCUGAUUGGUCCAUUCUGUUCACCAACGCCAACGAUGGGACCAAUGAGGGAAUCGUUCACAACGCCAAACCGCUGUUUGCUGUGCAGUUUCACCCGGAGAAUAUGGGUGGGCCACGGGACCUGGAGUUUCUCUUCAAUGUCUUUGUCGACACGGUUCGAGAUCACAAGCAGGGAUUGGCAAGCCAAAAGAUGUCUGUUCGUGAACGCAUCCACACGGCCAUGAUGUUCAAGCCAAUGCCUGGUACCCCGACUGCUGAUAACCCACCUAAGAAGGUCAUGAUCCUAGGCUCAGGGGGCCUGUCUAUCGGCCAAGCAGGUGAAUUUGACUACUCUGGGUCGCAGGCCAUCAAAGCACUGAAGGAAGAAGGCGUACAGUCAGUGCUGAUCAAUCCUAACAUUGCUACAGUGCAGACAUCUAAAGGCAUGGCCGACCGCGUCUAUUUCCUGCCGAUCACUCCAGAGUAUGUCGAACAGGUUAUUGAGAGUGAACGGCCCGACGGUAUUCUGUUGACAUUUGGUGGUCAAACCGGCCUGAACUGUGGCGUCCAACUGACCAAGUCGGGCGUUCUGGACAAGUACAACGUCAAGGUCCUGGGCACGCCGGUCAAAUCUAUCAUCAACACGGAGGACCGGAAGAUAUUUGCUGACAAGAUGGAGGAAAUUGGGGAACAAGUGGCGCCCAGCCAGGCGGCAUAUUCUGUGGAUGAGGCCGUUGAAGCAGCUGAAAAGAUCGGCUAUCCCGUCAUGGUUCGUGCAGCAUACGCCCUGGGUGGCCUCGGAUCAGGCUUUGCUAACUCCAAGGCAGAGCUGGUCCCUCUAGUGACCGCCGCCUUUGCCCAUACCAGCCAGGUACUCGUCGACAAGUCCAUGCGCGGGUGGAAAGAGGUGGAAUACGAAGUUGUCAGAGAUGCCUUCGACAACUGCAUCACGGUUUGUAACAUGGAGAACGUGGACCCGUUGGGUAUCCACACAGGUGAAUCUAUCGUGGUCGCCCCCAGCCAGACUCUGACAAACAUCGAGUAUAACAUGCUGCGUACGGCGGCCAUUAAAGUCAUACGGCAUCUGGGGGUGGUGGGAGAGUGCAACAUACAGUACGCACUGAAUCCGCAAUCGCAGCAGUAUUACAUCAUCGAGGUCAACGCUCGUCUGUCGCGUAGCUCCGCCCUCGCCAGCAAGGCCACCGGUUACCCGCUGGCCUACAUUGCCGCCAAGCUGGCGCUCGGUAUCCCGCUUCCCAAACUGACCAACUCGGUGACGGACUCGACGACGGCGUGCUUUGAGCCCAGCUUGGAUUACUUGGUGGUGAAAAUCCCUCGUUGGGAUCUCAAGAAAUUCAGCAAAGUCAGCAAAAAGAUUGGAAGCUCUAUGAAGAGUGUAGGUGAGGUGAUGGCGGUAGGACGUUGCUUCGAGGAAGCGUUCCAGAAAGCCCUGCGGAUGGUGAAUGAGAACGUCAAUGGCUUCGAUUGGGACAUCCAACAAGUUUCAGAUGAGAUUCUACAAACUCCCACCGACGAGCGCAUCUUCGUCUUGGCGGCUGCCCUCAAGGCAGGCUAUUCCAUCGACCGCCUCUACUCCCUCACCAAGAUUGACCACUGGUUCCUGCACAAGUUCCGCAAGAUCGUUGACUGCGGGGAGCGUCUUGAGUCUCUGAGGGGCGCAACGCUUACCCGCGACACACUCUUGGAAGCCAAGCAGUUAGGCUACUCGGACAAGCAGAUUGCUAAGAUCAUUGAGAUAACCGAGUUGGCAGUACGGAGAGUCCGCCAUUCCCUCGACAUCCGACCUCACAUCAAGCAGAUUGACACCGUCGCUGCCGAGUGGCCGGCGACCACCAACUACUUGUACCUGACGUACAACGGGGACAGCCACGACUUGGACUUCCCAGGCGAUUACGUCAUGGUCAUCGGAUCAGGAGUCUAUCGCAUCGGCAGCAGCGUGGAGUUUGACUGGUGUGCUGUGGGCUGCAUUACCGAGCUCAGAAGGCUCGGUCUGAAGACCAUCAUGGUCAACUACAACCCCGAGACGGUCAGCACGGACUAUGACAUGUGCGACCGUCUGUACUUUGACGAGAUCUCUUUUGAGGUUGUCAUGGAUAUCUACGAGAUUGAGAACCCGCGAGGCGUCAUCCUAUCGAUGGGAGGUCAGCUACCCAAUAACAUCGCCAUGCAGCUGCAUCGCCAACAGUGUCGCAUUCUGGGCACGUCGCCAGAAAGCAUCGAUACAGCGGAGAAUCGCUUCAAGUUUUCCCGUCUGCUAGACACCAUCGGACUGAACCAGCCGCAGUGGAAGGAACUCACCAACUUAGAGGCUGCUAAAGAGUUUUGUGUGAGGGUGGGCUACCCAUGUCUGGUGCGUCCGUCCUACGUGCUGAGCGGUGCAGCCAUGAACGUCGCUCACACCCAUCAUGAUCUGGAGGCUUACCUAUCUGAGGCAGCCGCCGUCAGUAAAGACCGGCCGGUAGUCAUCUCCAAGUUCAUCUUGGAAGCAAAAGAAAUUGAUGUUGAUGCAGUGGCCAGAGAUGGCCAGAUAGUUGCCAUGGCGAUCUCGGAGCACGUCGAAAAUGCCGGCGUUCACUCUGGCGACGCAACCCUGGUCACCCCUCCGCAGGAUCUGAACCAGGAAACCAUCGACAAGAUCUUCAGCAUCACCACGGCGAUUGGCCAGAAUCUCGAGGUCAAUGGGCCCUACAACUUACAGCUCAUCGCUAAGGACAACCAACUCAAGGUGAUAGAGUGCAACCUCCGCGUCUCUCGCUCCUUCCCAUUCGUCUCCAAGACCUUGGAUCUUGACUUUGUUGCCUUGGCCACCCAGGUUGCCAUCGGCGAGCCGGUUGAAAGUGUCAGCGCCCUGGCUGCUGGCAAGGGGAAGGUUGGUGUGAAGGUUCCGCAGUUUUCCUUUUCUCGUUUGGCCGGAGCCGACAUGCUCCUUGGUGUGGAGAUGGCGAGUACCGGUGAGGUGGCCUGCUUUGGCGAGGAUCGCUACGAAGCCUAUCUGAAAGCCAUGCUGAGCACCGGUUUCAAGAUACCCAAGAAGAACAUUCUUCUAUCUAUUGGCAGUUACAAGGGUAAAGUGGAGCUUUUGCCGGCAGUCCGUACCUUAGAGCUCAUGAAGUAUGAGUUGUAUGCCAGCAUAGGAACUGCCGACUUCUACAGCGAGCACGACAUCAAGAUCAAGGCCGUUGAUUGGCCGUUUGAGGACACCGGUGAACAGCGCAACAAGGACCAGGAGUUGCACAUCGGCGACUACCUCGCCGAGAAACACUUUGACCUCGUCAUUAACCUGCCCAUGCGUAACGGCGGCACCCGUAGAGCGUCGUCGUUUAUUACGCACGGCUACCGGACACGACGAAUGGCCAUUGAUAAGUCUAUCCCACUGAUCACAGACGUGAAGAAGGUCAAGCUGUUUGUUGAGGCCUUGCGGCGUAUCGGCGGUGCCCCACGCCUCAAGACCAACGUGGACUGCAUGACGUCCAAUCGCAUCGUGCGGUUGCCUGGCUUGAUCGACGUCCACGUGCACCUGAGGGAGCCAGGCGCGACCCACAAGGAGGAUUUCGCUUCGGGGACGGCCGCGGCGCUAGCUGGCGGUAUCACCAUGGUGGGGGUCAUGCCCAACACCAGCCCCGCCAUCACUGAUCACCCAUCAUUCCUACUGGCACAAAAGCUGGCUCGUUUAGGAGCUCGUUGCGACUAUGGCCUGUAUGUCGGAGCAGCCGCAGAGAAUUCUAUCGACCUGGCCAACAUUGGCCCUAUGGCCAUGGGCCUCAAGAUGUAUCUAAACGAUACCUUCACUACGCUGCGUAUGGACAACGUCUGCAUAUGGCAAAAGCAUGUUGAGAACUGGCCCCAUCACCUGCCCCUCGUCGCCCAUGCAGAGGGCCGCACCACGGCGGCCAUCUUGUUCCUGGCCAAGAUGUUUGAUCGCCCCAUUCACAUCUGCCAUGUGGCACGGAAGGAAGAGAUUGAAAUGGUUCGUCUAGCCAAGGAGUCUGGCAUGAGCGUGACCUGUGAGGUUGCGCCCCAUCACCUCUUCCUGACCUCGGAUGACCUGGAGGUCAUAGGUCACGGCAAGGGUCAGGUCCGGCCUGUACUGUCCUCUCAGGAGGAUCAGAAUGCAUUGUGGGAGAAUAUGGACAUCAUUGACUGCUUCGCGACUGAUCAUGCCCCACACACUGUGGAGGAAAAGGAGAGUGCCAACCCUCCACCCGGCUUCCCGGGACUGGAGACCAUGCUGCCGCUGCUUCUCACUGCAGUGAACGAUGGACGACUGACCAUGGAGGACAUUGUGGAUCGUUUGUACAACAAUCCUCGCCGCAUCUUUGGCCUGCCAGAACAACGCGACACCUACAUAGAGGUGGACAUGGACCACGUCUGGACCCUGCCGAAAGCAAUGACAUUCACCAAGAGCAAGUGGACGCCGUUUGCGGGCCGAAAGGUCAAAGGUCAACUGCGGAGAGUGGUCCUCAGAGGAGGGGUGGCAUUCAUUGACGGUCAGGUCCUGGUGCCACCGGGUUUCGGUCACGACAUUCGCUCUAUCCCAGAAGGCAUCCUGUUUCCUGCUGCUACCAAGAAGCACGUCUCCAAUGUUGGCCCAGUUCCUACCAUCCGCCCCUUGGCCGUCCAAGUACCCCCCUCGUCAGCCCCACUCUCCGCCCCCUCCUCCCCUCAGAAGCUGAACAUGGAACGCUUCAACUUGCCCCCACGGGUUCACAGAGUGUCGGAGCACGGUGACAUGGGUAUAUUAUCUCCAAACAUAGUAGGAGGAGGCGCCUCAAAGGCCCUGGUCUUUACCCCUCCCAGCCAGCCUCCCUCGGCUCAAGCCACGCCCCUAGUUGGGCAAGUAACCGCCUUAGAAUUGCACCCGACAGCCGGCUCCAACUUACUGUACAACAAGCAUAUCCUCAGCGCCAGCCAAUUCACCAGAGAACAUCUUCAUCAUCUGUUCAACGUUGCUCAUUCUAUGCGUGUGGCUGUGCAGAAGGAGAGAAGUCUGGAUUAUAUACUCAAGGGCAAAGUGAUGGGCAGUAUGUUCUAUGAAGUUAGUACAAGAACUGCCUCCUCCUUCGCUGCCGGCAUGCAACGUCUUGGAGGAAGCGUCAUCUCCUUCACCGACAGCAAUUCAUCACACAAGAAAGGAGAGACACUCGCAGACUCAGCACAGAUGAUGGCAGGCUACUGCGAUGUUAUCGUCCUACGUCACCCGGACCAGGAUGCUGCCAACACUGUGGCAAACGUCUGCCGCAAACCGGUCCUGAACGCUGGCAACGGUGUCGGGGAGCAUCCAACCCAAGCCCUGCUGGACGUCUUCACCAUCCGAGAGGAGAUUGGAACAGUCAACGAUCUCACGAUAACAAUGGUAGGAGACUUGAAACAUGGCCGCACCGUACAUUCCCUCGCCCGCUUACUGACACUGUACCGAGUCAACCUACGCUACGUCUCCACCAAGGACCUACAGAUGCCAAAAUCUGUCAAGGAUUUCGUCAGCGAGCGAGGCAUUCCUCAAGAAGAGUUUGGGAGCAUUGAAGAAGCCAUAUCAGAUACUGAUGUGCUGUACAUGACACGGAUCCAACAGGAACGCUUCGCAAGCAAAGAGGAGUAUGAACAGCAAUGUGGUAACUUCAUCCUGACCCCACGCACCAUGACCAGAGCCAAAGAGAAGAUGGUAGUGCUUCAUCCUCUGCCUAGGAUCAAUGAAAUCAGCCGUGACGUUGAUAGUGACCCUAGGGCUGCCUACUUCCGUCAGGCCGAGUGUGGCAUGUAUGUACGGAUGGCACUCCUAGCGACGGUCCUGGGAAAAUGUUGAUCAGCUGGGAAGAUAAGAUGUAUGUAAGGAGCAUAGAGCUAUAUUAAAUUACUAGAGCGCUAACUCCUCAUUCU